AUGGAAAGUCCUCAUGAUCAACAACAAAGUGCACUUUUAAGUAGAAUCAUAAUCAACGUUAGCAAAUUGAAUGAAAAUAUAGGACAGCUUAAUAAGAAAAUUGAAACAAUAAAUAAUAAUACAGCAGAUGUUGCUCUUGUAGCCAACAUGUGGUCAGGUUACAAUGAAUCUGUACAGAUUUACUUGGAUAGUAUAAAGGAACAGCAAAAACGACUUGAAAAAUAA